AUGCCAGCAUCCGUGUCCAGUUCCGAUAUUGACGAUGAAGGCUUCAUCGUCAACAUUGAUGCGAUCCAAGCUCACGGCAUCGGCGCGACCGACAUCUCAAAGCUCAAGAACAAUGGAUACUACACUAUAGCCUCUGUCCACUCUGCUACUCGCCGAACGUUGCUCAAGAUCAAGGGCUUCAGUGAGAUCAAGGUCGACAAGGUCAAGGAAGCCAUACAGAAGUGUCAGCCGGCUGCGCAUGGCUUCAUCACGGCUCAAGAGCUUGGACAGCAGAGGAGGAGGGUCGUCAAGAUAUCGACGGGUAGCAAACAGUUCGACUCAAUCCUUGGAGGAGGCUUCCAGAGCAUGAGUAUCAGCGAGGCAAGAUGCGGCAAAACUCAACUCUCACAUACCAUGUCCGUCGUUGCUCAGCUGCCUAAGGACAUGGGCGGUGCCGAAGGCAAGGUAGCGUAUGUCGAUACCGAAGGCACCUUUCGACCCGAGCGAAUCCAGCAGAUCGCCGAGCGCUUCGGUGUCGACCCGGAUCAGGCGCUCGACAACAUCUCGUACGCGCGAGCACAAAAUAGCGAGCACCAGGCCGAACUCCUCGAGAAGCUGUCCGAGUUCUUCGCCACGAACGAGUACCGGCUCCUGAUUAUCGACAGCAUCAUGGCUUGCUUCCGUGUGGACUACACCGGCCGUGGCGAAUUAAACGAGCGGCAGCAGAACCUGAACAAGUACCUUGCGAGGCUGACGCGUAUUGCGGAGGGCGAAUCAUCGUGGUUAACCACAUCACAGACAAACCAAGUCCAAAGCGACCCAGGCGCCAGCGCCCUGUUUGCCGGUGCGGACGGCCGCAAGCCUGUCGGUGGGCAUGUCCUUGCGCAUGCGUCCACUACCCGAGUUCUGCUUCGCAAGGGUCGUGGAGAGGAGCGUGUGGCCAAGAUCCAGGAUUCUCCCGACUGUCCGGAACGAGAAGCAACCUACAUCAUCACCAAUGGCGGAAUCAGUGACUCAGAGAAGGCGUAA